AUGACUUCAGAUGCUCAACCUUUCCUAUAUGAUAUUGGAAAAAGAACUGAUUAUGUGGGCCUUGGACAUGAAGAGCAAGUGGAGCACAUCAAGGCAUAUGUUUGCAAACCAUCUUCUGUUACGGACAAAGCUGUGAUUGUGAUUCACGACAUAUAUGGAUGGCAAUUCCCAGACAUUAGAUACAUAGCUGAUCUAGUGGCAGCUGCGGGAUACGUAGCCAUCUGCCCAGACUUUUUUCUGGGAAAAAAACCUUGGACAUCCGCUGAUCACUGGGCUGAGUUUCGUAACUGGUUGAAAGAUCGUGAUCCCACAAAAGUGGAUAGGGAAGCUGAUGUUGUCUUGAAGUAUCUAAAGGAGCAAUGCAGUGCAAAGAAGAUCGGUGUCGUUGGGUUUUCCUGGGGUGGAAUGGCUGUACAUCACUUGAUGCUGAAAAAUCAUGAAUUAAAGACUGGGGUGUCCCUCUAUGGAAUAAUCAGGGACUCUGAUGACAGAUAUAAUUUGCUGAACCCGACGUUUUUUAUUUUUGGGGAAAAAGAUCACACCAUUUCGUAUGACCAAAUCAUCUUGCUGGAGAAGAAACUGAAACAGUACUGUCAAGUUGAAUAUAGAAUUAAAGUUUAUCCUGGACAAGUUCAUGGCUUUGCAGAGUUAAAGCCAGAAGAUAUGAAACCUCGAGAUAAACCUUACAUUGAAGAAGCAAGAAAGGAUAUGAUGAACUGGCUGAAAACAUAUGUUUAACAGAAAUGUAAAGUCUAGUCUGUAAAACAAUAUAAAGUAAUAUAUUUGGGGGAUUUAAAAGUAGUAGUUGAUUGAAUUAUAUUUUACAGAAAAUAUAAA